AGAUAAUACACUGUUCGCAGCUCUUAGUUCAACUGCGCAAGCUGUAUGGCCUGUGCUUUGGAUUAUAGUCUACCUCGUCGACGCCGAAACUAUGACCGGAGCCGUUUUCGACAAACAGCGUCAUAUCAAGUAUUUCCUACGAUGCCUUAAGACAUUUUUGCCCGACCUAUAUACCUCCAAUGACUCUAAUCGCAUACUCCUCGCCUACUUCACUGUUGCAGGCUUAGACAUUUUAGGCGAAUUACAUAACCGGACAACUGCUGAAGAGCGGCAAGGGUAUAUCGAGUGGAUCUAUCACUGCCAGAUCCCUUCGGGAGGCUUUCGCGGAUUUACUGGAACCGACUUCGGGCGAGACCGGCGAACACCGGAAAAUGAAGCUUGGGAUCCGGCCAAUGUUCCGUCGACAUUCUUUGCAUUAGUGAUACUACUGACUCUGGGUGACGAUCUAUCACGGGUGAGGCGGGCCGAGUGUCUACGAUGGCUCUCUAGAAUGCAGCGCGAAAAUGGAAGUUUUGGCGAAGUCCUCGGCUCAGGUGGGAGGAUUGAAGGCGGUGGUGAUCUAAGAUUCUGCUGUUUUGGUGCUGGUACGCGAUAUAUAUUAAGAGGGAAGUGUGUAGGUGGUCUCGAGGGUAUUAGGGACAUAGAUGUGAACAAGUUGGUGGCGUUCAUUGAGGCUUGUCAAGCAUACGACGGUGGUAUAGGGGAGGGACCCUUCUGCGAAUCCCAUUCUGGUCACACUUAUUGCGCUAUCGGUGCUCUUACGUUCUUGGACCGUCUCUCGAAGAAGCAUAAACCGAUAGCGCUGCUUUCUCCAGGAGCAGGCCCUUUCGAGUCCCUGGUUAGGUGGCUUGUUGCACGACAAACGUCUGAGCUCGGCGACGAUGAGGAAGAAUCUGACGAGGAAGACAGCCACAACACAGAUGGAGUCACGAAUUUAUCGGCGACUAUUGAGGAACUCAAUUUAGACGCGAAGGCCGACCAGCUCCCUGUUAUACAGCCGGCAACAGAAGAUUCGUUGCGAUGGGCAGGGUUCAAUGGACGGUGUAAUAAGUACGCCGAUACUUGCUAUUCUUUCUGGAAUUCUGCGUCAUUGGAUAUGAUGGGUAGACUAGUUCUGGUGGAUGCAACUCGAAACCGGCACUACCUCUUAGAAAAGACACAACAUAUUGUUGGUGGAUUCGGCAAAGGCGUGGGAGAGCCACCAGAUCUACUGCAUUCUUAUUUUGGACUGGUAUCGCUCGCAUUUCAGGAAGAGCCGGGGCUAGAGAGCGUCGAUCCAGCACUUUGUUCAAGCUAUCGUGUAGUUCGUCAUUUGCAUUCCCUUCCCUGGUGGCAGGAGAAGAACGACUGAGGAUGGUUAGCCAUCAAGUCGCAGUUCGACAGUGUAAACAAACAACUUGGGAUAAGUAUGCCCCAGCCUUGGUUAUGAGAUUCAAUAUUUGCCGUGAACAUGGCUAUAGUAAUGCUAUGCAACCAUCAUAUGACCAAUGUUAUUACCAGGUAGAUACAUUUACUUUGCUUCAAUUCCAAGGGAGAAGCGUAUUGG